AUGGAACUCUUUGUUACUAUUUUUCUUUUGUUUCUUUUUGGCAUCCUCUCCUACCUUUGUAAGAUGGCUUUUCAUAUGAAAAACCAACGUUGCUAUAUGUUGGCCUAUGAGUGUUACAAGGCUACUGAGGACAGGAAGCUGGACACUGAAUCAUGUGCAAAAGUUGUGUUUCGGAACAAGAAUCUAGGUUUAGAAGAAUACAGGUUUCUCUUGAAAACAAUAGUCAACUCAGGUCUUGGUGAAGAAACUUAUGGCCCAAGGAAUGUCAUUGGUGGAAGAGAAGCAACUCCUAGCAAUGCAGAUGCACUUUGGGAGGUUGAUGACAUAAUUUUUGACACGCUUGACAAGCUUUUUGCUAGAACAGGAGUCUCUCCAUCUGAAAUAGACAUCCUUGUUGUGAAUGUGUCAUUGUUCUCUCCAGCACCCUCAUUGACAGCUCGAGUUAUGAACCGGUACAAGAUGAGGGACAAUGUUAAGGCAUUCAACCUCUCCGGGGAGGGUUGUAGUGCAAGCCUUGUGGCUGUUGACCUCGUGCAGCACUUGUUCAAGACUCACAAGGAUGCAUUUGCAAUUGUUGUGAGUACAGAAUCAAUAGGGCCUCAUUGGUACUGUGGCAAGGAGAAAUCCAUGAUGCUCUCCAACUGCCUGUUCAGGUCAGGAGGGUGUUCCAUGCUCUUUACAAACAAAAGAGCUUGGAAACAUCGAGCAAUCAUGAAGCUAAACCAUUUGGUACGACUGCAUAUUGGCUCAAAUGAUGAAGCAUAUGGAUGCUGCAUGCAGGUUGAAGAUGAGCAAGGCUACAUAGGUUUCCUUCUCACCAAAGGCCUAACAAAGGCUGCUGCUAAAGCUUUCUCCUUGAACCUCCAAGUUCUAGCAACCAGAAUAUUACCACUGAGGGAACUUGUCCGGUAUGCCAUAGCAUAUGUUUACAAAAGCAAGAUAAAGAAAGGAAAUUUUGAAGCUGCAGGGGCAAGCUUGAAUCUUAAGACCGGAGUUGACCACUUCUGUAUUCAUCCUGGUGGAAAAGCAGUCAUAGAUGGGCUUGGAAAAAGCUUAAAGCUCACUGAAUAUGAUCUUGAGCCAACUAGAAUGGCACUUCACCGGUUUGGCAAUACCUCAGCCGGUGGUCUCUGGUAUGUCUUAGGAUACAUGGAAGCCAAAAAUAGGCUCAGGAAAGGUGACAAGAUUCUGAUGAUCAGCCUUGGGGCAGGUUUUAUGUGCAACAACUGCGUGUGGGAGGUAAUGAAGGACUUGCAGGAUGCCAAUGUGUGGAAUGACUGUGCAGAUCGUUACCCUAUGAAAUGCAUCGUCAACCCUUUCGUGGAGAAGUUUAGUUGGAUCAAUGAUGAGUAUCUGAGCUUCGUUAGGCUUCACUAGAAACCAGAUUUCCUAGAUUUUCCACCCGUUUAUUAAAUGUUAUUCUUCCUCAUUCCUAUGUUUCAUUUUUUAAAUUUUCCAUAAUUUAAGCUUAAAUUGUUGUUAUUUUGAUUCAUUAAAUAUGAAUUGAGAAGCAGCAGAAUCUCAAAUCAUUUCAAGAGGCCAAGCGCUCCCCAAAAAAUUUUUAAAUUAAAGCGCAGGUGAAUUGGAAGCUUUGAGGAGCCGUGCAGUGAGCACAAAGCACUAUUCUUUCGCAUUUUACUAGAAGUUACCGUGUGCUGGUUGCUUAAAGCGGCAUAUACCAAUUUUUGGAGGGUUGCGCCCUUGUGAGUGCCGCGAUGAAUAUAGGGAAAAGGUUCUUAUGGGGCAACUUUUCGCACCCCAGAUUCUCUUGAUGCUAGUGGGUCCGGCCAAACUCUUUUAACGCCAGAGAAAUUUGGUAAACCACUGACAUAGGCUACCGAGUUUACCUUCUGUAAUUCUGUAAUGGGGAGAAUGGGUGAAAUGUUUGCCUCCUGUAAUUCUAUAAAUUGGAAGAAUGGAGUUGAAAUGUAUCGUAACCACAAGGCAAAAGGCAAGAAAUUGAAAGAGAAAUU